GACGUGGACGGCGACGGCGAUGUCGAUGCGCUAUCGGCGUCCUACGACGACGACACGAUCGCGUGGUACGAGAACGACGGGUCUCAAUCCUUCAUGGAGCGAGUAAUCAGUAACAGCGCAGAAUGGGCCGUCUUCGUCUUCGCGAUCGACUUGGAUGGCGACGGGGACGUCGACGCGCUCUCAGCGUCCCACGGCGACGACACGGUCGCGUGGUACGAGAACAACGGUUUCGAGUUCUUCACGAGGCGCGUGAUCACAAACUCGGCGGAGGCCGCAAAUUUCGCCUACCCCAUAGACGUUGACGGCGACGGCGACGUCGACGUUUUUUCGGCGUCGCGCAACGACGACACGGUCGCCUGGCACAAGAAUGACGGCUCCCAGUCCUUCACUGAACACCGCACAAUCACGAACUCGGCGGACCUGGUCCUAUGUGUCUUUGCAAUUGACGUCGACGACGACGGCGACGUCGACGUCCUGUCAGCAUCCCACAGCGAUGACACGAUCGCAUGGUACGAGAACGACGGGGCCCAGUCCUUCACGGAGCGCAUCAUCACGACGCUCGCGAAUGGCGCCCACGCGGUCUUCCCGAUCGAUGUCGACGGUGACGGCGACGUGGACGCGCUGUCGGCGUCCUCCGUGAGCGACACGGUCGCGUGGCACGAGAACGACGGAUCCCAAUCCUUCACGGAGCGCGUCAUCAGCAACGCGGCAGACUACGUCCUCGCCGUCUUCGCGCUCGACGUCGACGGCGAUGGCGACGUCGACGCGCUGUCGGCGUCCAAAGACGACGACACGGUCGCGUGGUACGAGAACGACGGCUCGCAGUCCUUCGCCGAGCGCAUCAUCACGAACUCAGCAAACAGCGCCGUCUCCGUCUUCGCGAUCGAUCUCGACCAGGACGGCGACGCCGACGUCCUCUCGGCGUCCCUCGACGAAGACACGGUCGCC